GGGGGAGCGGGGGAGAGGCGGGGAGGAGAAAACCCACAACAAAACUUGCGUCGCCGAGCUCACGGCUCGACUUGAAUGGAAGGAGCCCGCUCCCGCGGAGCGCAGCGGCGAAUCGGGACAGCGCGUACCGCCGGCAGGGCGCGGCGCGGCGCGGGGGCGCAGCAGGUGAAGUCUGACUCACCCCCUCCUGCAGGCACCAUGGCCCGGAGCAGGGCACUGCUGUUCCUGUUGCUGUUGCCAUUGCAGCUGCAGCUGGGACCGGUGAGCACGGUGAGGUCUCCGGGGUUUGGCCGAGGUGGUGCCCACAGCCUGAGCCCUGAAGAGAACGAAUUCAUGGAGGAGCCAGUGUUGGUCCUGAGCCCUGAGGAGCCAGGGCCUGGCUCUGCCACCAUCAACUGCCCCCGAGACUGUGCCUGCUCCCAAGAAGGUGUUGUGGACUGUGGUGGCAUUGACCUGCGUGAGUUCCCGGGGGACCUGCCUGAGCACACCAACCAUCUGUCUCUGCAGAACAACCAGUUGGAGAAGAUCUACCCCCAGGAGCUCUCCAGAUUGCAUCGACUGGAAACUCUGAACCUCCAGAACAACCGUCUGACUUCCCGAGGGCUCCCGGAGGAGGCGUUUGAGCAUCUGACCAACCUCAACUACCUGUACUUGGCCAAUAACAAGCUGACGUUGGCACCCCGGUUCCUGCCAAACACCCUGAUCAGCGUGGACUUCGCUGCCAACUAUCUCACCAAGAUUUACGGGCUCACUUUUGGCCAGAAGCCAAACUUGAGGUCCGUGUACCUGCACAACAACAAGCUGGCGGAUGCCGGGCUGCCGGACAACAUGUUCAACGGCUCCAGCAACGUCGAGAUCCUCAUUCUGUCCAGCAACUUCCUGCGCCACGUGCCCAAGCACCUGCCACCUGCCCUCUAUAAGCUGCACCUCAAGAACAAUAAGCUGGAGAAGAUCCCACCAGGUGCCUUCAGUGAGCUGAGCAACCUGCGUGAACUGUACCUGCAGAACAAUUACCUGACUGACGAGGGUCUGGACAACGAAACCUUCUGGAAGCUGUCCAGCCUGGAGUACCUCGAUCUGUCCAGCAACAACCUGUCGCGGGUCCCGGCAGGGCUGCCGCGCAGCCUCGUGCUCCUGCACCUGGAGAAGAACGCCAUCCGGAGCGUGGACGCAGAUGUGCUGACGCCCAUCCGCAGCCUCGAGUACCUGCUGCUGCACAGCAACCAGCUGCACGCGCGCGGCAUCCACCCGCGGGCCUUCCAGGGCCUUAAGCGGCUGCACACGGUGCACCUGUACAACAACGCUCUAGAGCGCGUGCCCAGCGGCCUGCCCCGGCGCGUGCGCACUCUCAUGAUCCUGCACAACCAGAUCACCGGCAUUGGCCGCGACGACUUCGCCACCACCUACUUCCUGGAGGAGCUCAACCUCAGCUACAACCGCAUCACCAGCCCACAGGUGCACCGAGAUGCCUUCCGCAAGCUGCGCCUGCUGCGCUCGCUGGACCUGUCCGGUAACCGGCUGCACACCUUGCCACCCGGGCUGCCGCGCAACGUGCACGUGCUGAAGGUCAAGCGCAAUGAACUGGCAGCCCUGGCGCGCGGAGCGCUGGCCGGCAUGGCCCAGCUGCGUGAGCUCUACCUCACCGGCAACCGGCUGCGCAGCCGCGCCCUGGGCCCCCGCUCCUGGGCCGACCUUGCCCACCUCCAGCUGCUGGACAUCGCUGGGAAUCAGCUCACAGAGAUCCCUGAGGGGCUCCCUGAGUCACUGGAGUACCUGUACCUGCAGAACAACAAGAUUAGCACUGUGCCUGCCAAUGCCUUCGACUCCACGCCCAACCUCAAAGGCAUCUUUCUCAGGUUUAACAAGCUGGCUGUGGGCUCCGUGGUGGAAAGUGCCUUCCGGAGGCUGAAGCACCUGCAGGUCUUGGACAUAGAAGGCAACUUUGAGUUUGGUGACGUUUCCAAGGACCGGGGCCAGUUGGAGGAAGAGGAUGAGGAAGACGAGGAGGAUGAGGAUGAGGAGGAUGAGGAAAGGCGAUAGUGACGGGGUGAACCGGAUUUGACAUAGGACACCGGACCGCCAGACCCCUUUCUGCAGCACGUACCUGUGCCCUGUGAGCCCCACUCUGCCAUGCUCACAGACACACCCAGUGCCACCCUCACCAGCCACCCUGCACCCCACUGCCACAACACAGGCUGGACACACAGUCUCCCAUUCCCCCUUGUUCCUGUAGUACCCCACGGCCAGACACGUGCAGGCAACAUGACACAGUCACACACUGCUGGCUGCACGGAGCAAGCCCACCAUACAGUUCCCCUCUCCAUCCCACGCCCUCCAUUGCCAUCAUGCCCUUGGACUCCUGCAGACUCAGGGAAGGGUCUGACCCUGCCCUGGCACUCACGGGCGCCUGCUCCCUUCACCUUGGACCCGCAUGUGCAGGCGUGCGCGCGCGCACACACACACACACACACACACACACACACACACACGAGUCCCAUGAAAACAGCCCUCAGUGGCCUAUGCCACCGACAUAUCUUGCCCCAGCCAGAACUGGCCAGAACAGCUUGCCACCUGCUCAUCCGUCUGUUCGUCCGUCCACUGGAGAAGACAGAGUUAUCUUGGUGCUCUCUGUGGCCAGGUGCCUGCCACCCUCUGGAACUCACAGAAGCUGACUUUUGUUCCUUUUCUUCCCUUUGGGGACAGGAACCUUUGGGACUGCUGCCCUGGCCUGCCUGCCCUGACUCCCAGCUGCCCAGGCAGCCACUCCCUGCCAGGCCCUGGCCGGCCACAGGCAUGUCUGUGAUGGGAAACCCCACUGAGGCCAGAGGGAAAGUCUCCUGGGGUUGCUGGGGCCUUGGGCAGAAGUCAGGCGGAAGGGCAGUGCCAGGCAAGGAGGAAGGGCCCAGCAGCCCUGAUGACAUACCUUUUUUAUUCUUUGGGCCUGUGGGAUAUUCUGGGUGCCGUGGGUUUUUAAAUUCUUUUUUAAGAAAAAAAAUGAUAAAAAACAAAACUGAUUUUUCUUGUUAUAGAAAAACUAAUAUAAAAGCAUUACCCCUUUCUGGCAGCCUA